AUCCUUGCUAUCAUUGUUAAUAUUGUUUAUGGUGGUGUGUGUUUUGUGCGCUUGGUCGGCCAUUGAUAAUCGGAUUGUUACUGUUCGUUGCAAUGGAUUUUUGUUCAAUUGACCACAUAAGCUUAUGACUUUGCACAAGGAUAUAUUGACAAAACAUCGAAGAUGCUGAAGCUAGCGCUGUUUUGCCUAGCAUGCAGUCUGGCGCGACUAUGCGCUGAAUCUGUCUCAGUGGGUGAUAAUGAAGAAGUGCGGUGCCCGCCGCCGGCUGUGGCGCACGGCCGGCUGCUGCAGCUGCAGGCCGUCUACCGGCCCGGCGACGACGCGCGGAUCGUCUGCCGCGAGGGAUACCACCUGGACGGUCCCGAGCGGGUGACGUGCGACUCGGAGGGACGCUGGCGCAGCGAGCUGCACCCGGACCCGCACCGCCUGCCCCAGUGCACUAAGGUGACCUGUCCCAAGCCGCCGCCGCUGAAGGCCGGCCGAUGGGAGGUGGAGGGUCUGCGCGCCGCGGACGGCACGCGCUUCAUUCAGGGCUCCAUGGUCAUCUACCGGUGCGAUGAGGACUUUGAGCUGCGGACAGCCGGUGGCGCGGAGCAGCGCACUGUACAGCGCGUCUGCGUCAACGGCCACUGGCUGGGAGAGGAGGCUGUGUGCGCACGGACCGUGUGCGGUCCACCGCCGUCGGCCAACCAGGGCUACUUCAUGGAGCUGCUCAGUGACGGAUCAGCCGUCCUACCUCACCGCGACGAGUACCCUGUCGGCGCACGGGCCGUCUACCGCUGUAAUCCGGCUCACGUUCUGGUUGGCACCGAUACAUACCAGUGUAUGAGCGGCGGUGAAUGGUCUCCGCCCGUGGCGCCUGGCUGCCGCGCUGAGCAGCCGGACGAGCCCCUGCCGUCUCCGGCGUGCGGCCUGCCCGAGCGGCAGCCGCUUACCACCCAACGACUGGUGCGCGGGUGGCUCUCAGAUGUUGGCGCGUCGGCCGGCGCCGUGGUCGAGUACGCGUGCACGGAGGGGACGCGGGACCGGGUAUCGCCGUGUCUGCCGCAGCGGCUGACCUGUUAUAGCGGGCGGUGGGUGGGCCGCCGGCCGCGCUGCCAGCCGGUGGCCAGCUGCGUCUCGCCGCCAGCCGUGCCGUUUGGAGAGGCGUAUGGAGGCGGCCGCUCGCCGGGCGCAGAGGUGUUCUACACCUGUCAGCCCGGGUACCGCCUGCUCGGCCCGCGCCGGCUGACCUGUGACGCCGGUGGCUGCUGGACACCGAACCGCAUGGCCCCGGCGUGUGAACGACAGCCGGCGCCGGCCGCCGCCGAGCCUCCUCCGCUCCUCUCGCCCAUCGGCGUCACUCUGCUGGCGGUCACGGUGGCCGUGGUGCUGCUGCUCGUGCUGCUGCUGGUGCUGCUGCUGCAGCGCCGCGCCUGGAAGCCGCUGCGCCGGCCGCCGCCGACCCCGCCGCCGCCCGGGCCGCGGCGCACGGAGGACGCGGACCGGGUGGCCCUCAUCGCCUACCAGGAGGGGUCGGGGUCGCAGUUCGUCCUGCCAACCUACGAGGAGGCGGUGCGCUCGGAGCGCGCCCCUCCUCCCCACUCCGAGCACGGAGCCAGUGGUCUGACGGGCGCCCAGCUGGCAGCGCGGUUCCACCACCACCACCGCAGCCUGCCGCCGGCCUCCCGCCGGGAGCGACUCUGGCGGCGGGAGCAGGAGUCAGACUCGGUGUCACAGCGCUCUGUGCAGAGCCAUCACUCGGCCUCCAGACACAGCAAUACGACCUCCAACGCCACGCCGUCCCUACUGGACAGCAUGGGCUCCACGGAUACAAUGGCCACCAGUGACGCGGCCUCCAACACGCUGAGCGCGGCGGCUACGGCCAGUGUGCGCGGCAUGUGCGGCAGCCUGGCCUCGUUCGACACCUCGUCCGUGCUCAAUACUGAAGGUGAACCCCUGCUGGAGGAGAAUGAGACAGAGCUGGAGGGCGCCGAACAAGACGACUCCCAGUCCUGCGGCAAAUCUUCCUCCGCCGGGGACACCACUUCCAACAAGUAAACUGCGCUGUCAAAGCGGAGUGGCAUCACCCUCAUCGAGCGGAUAGUGGUAGCUCCUCAGAGCGAAGAGCCCCAGACGGUCGAGAUUCAGUAGACUGAGCUGUCGGUCCCCGCGGCAGAGUGGUCGCCGGCGGACCAACGGGCGCCCAGCUAUCGCUAAGUCUCUGUGCGAAGAGACAGCCGUGUAUGGCGACGAGCUGACAGUUGCAGCUCGGUCACCGUCGGAUUGUGUGCGAACAGGAUCUGAUGGCAGACGAGGCUGGUGUACAGAACUUGCCGCCGUGACUGAUGCGACGACGCGCAGCUUUAACGAGAUUAUCGUCAGAUCAAACUGCGCAGCUGUGCCGCUCGCGCCGCCGUGUCGCGUCGCACCGACUGCAGCUGGAGCUGCGCGAUAUGAACUGAUGCGUAGUGGACGAGUGACGCACUGGACGCGAGCUGUGUCUGUGAGAGGUGGCGACGACGGUGGGCUGGGGCGGUACCAUGCCACGUAGGCGUGUUGGGAGCGCAGCAGUGCCCCGCCCACUCAGCUUCAGUGGUGCACACACGCGGCAGCGCCCCCUGAGACUCACUGCUUAUCGUCGGUCUGUCCCCUCGGUGGUCGCUGGAAGCGUAAAGUUAAACACAUGUCUGCGAUACUAGUCUAUGUCAAUCUUCUUCAGUGCGUUAAAACGUCGAAAUGGUUUUAUAGGUGCCGUGACAUACCUGGUGAAUCAAACGCUAUAAUGUCCUCAGACUGCGUCGCCACGAAUAUUUGCGUUGGCUAUGUAUUCAGUCUGAAUUGUCAGGCAGUCGUGAACAUAUUUUGACUUCAUUGUUUUUUCGUGUUUGCUACAAACUUUUUUCGUAGUUGUGCUCUGUGCCUUUUGCGCGACAGCAUGUUUACACUCCACGUUUUUGUCAAUUUCUGGUGCGCCUGUCUAUUCGCAGGCCUUGUUUUGUUCCAGUUCGGCAGCGGAAGCGGAGGCCCGCCUGCGCGCCGCUCCGUUCAGACGUUCUGGCCCUCCGGUUUAGGAGAGCGGCCUCUGGUGAUCUGUUCAGUAUGUGUUGGCGAGGCUGCCGGCAGUGCGGGCUGCUCUGUGAUUGGUUGAGCGCCCGCCAGCUCGUACCGCGGUCUGUUGUCGGUAGUUGCGAGCCCCGGCCUUUGCACGGCCCCCGUUCCGCUGUUGUUGUCAUUAGACCUCUAAUAAAUAUGCCAGGAAGCCGAAA